AUGCCAACAGCAUCAGCCAAGUAUAUAUCACCAUUAGAUAAUCCACUUUGGCAUUCAUUUAGAGAAGUUAUAAGAAAACAACAUCCCUUGACAACAUCAAGUCUUCCAUCAAUACUUUCACAAACGUUUUAUUCAUUAUCAAGAAAAGAAAUCAGUGGUGCAUAUCGUAAAUGCGCAAUUACAUAUGGAGCUGGUGUUUAUUAUGAUAAAAAAUCCACAUAA